AACCAAUAGCAAACGACAUUACUGACCGUAAACCAGCCAUCAACCAAUCAGCGGCCUUGAUGCAGCUGAUAUGAGUAUAGCGGGUAUACUUUCGACAAAGAGCUUUCGAUCUCCUAUCGGUUACGAGCAUUGUUUUGGUAAACAAAAAGCCUAUUAGGGAUUAAACUGCAUCACGCGUUUGUUUAUGCAGUAAUUUAUAUCAUAAAAACAACAUACGAGCUGUUGUUUUGGCUUGUUAUGUUCACACUUCGCUCACUUACUUGGCACAUAAUGCUAACCAACUAGCUAAUGCUAAGCUAACUCAAACUGUUUUAACGGAACAUCGUGUUGGGAUAUUAUCCUCACUUGUUGUCACGUCAAACGGCUCAUAAACCAGAGCAGAAAUCACCAUAAAUUCAGAUGGCGGUGGCUCCCGCCUCGAUGGCGGAUAAGAUUAUAGUCCUUGAUGAUGACGAUGAAGAAGAAGAGAGUCCUCAACCCUCCUGCUCUGCCUCCACCUCGUCUUCUCACCAUCAAACCAAAAAAGUCUCAACACUUAAAGCUCAGCAGUCUGCGCCUACCCACAUUACCCAGUCACCUUUUGCCUCAGCAAAGAAAGACGCACAUGUUCUGCAGGCAGAGAAUCAGAGAUUAUUCACUGAGUUUGUGGAACACUGCUCAGCACUCACCCACGACUGCCCUGAAGUCUUGACCUUCCUCCAAACCAAGCAUGCCAAGGCCUUGCCCGAGUACCUUUCAUCUGUUGAGUUCAGGAACACCGUGGGAAGAUGUGUGACUCAUGCUCAGGCAAACCAUUCCAAAACCUUUGUCUACAUCAGUGAACUGUGCACUGCACUCAAACAGCACGCAGAAAAGAAGAGGGUGAACCUAAACAAAGUUGAACCUGGGCCUUCUACCUCAACAUCAAGUUCUGCCCACUUAAACUCUGUUACGUUCAAAAAGGAAGGCAAGACUAAAGUUCAUAUUGAUGAGGAAGAGGAAGGGGCGAAGCCAGCAGCAGAAGAUAAGCAAUCUUCCACCUCAGGACUUAAGGAGGGCAAUAAUAUGGAGGAACAGGAAGCAGAGAAAAAAGCAAAAAGGGCAUCCAGGAAGCAGAUAGCAUAUCUGGAGAACCUACUGAAAGUAUACAACGAUGAGAUCUGCCGCCUGCAGCAGGCCGAGCUGAGCUUAGACGACCUGCAAGCUGAGGAGUCGUUAUACAUUCAGGAACACAAGCUCAAACGCAAGUUGAUGAAGAUUUACGAAAAGCUGUGUGAACUGAAGAAAUGCAGCACACUAACGGGCCGAGUUAUUGAGCAGAGGCUCAAUUACAAUGGCACUCGUUAUCCUGAGAUCAACAGGAAGAUCGAGCGUUUCAUCAACAGUCCUGAGGCGCGCAGUAACCCUCCAGAUUACCAAGAUAUCCUGCAGCAGGUGCUGCGCGCCAAUGAACGUCACAACCUUUCCCUGAGCCGAAAACAGCUGAACCAGAUUGCCCAGGAGGCUUUCAGAGACACUGGGAGCCAAAUACAAGAAAGACGUCACCUGGAUCUGGUGUACAACUUCGGCUCACGCCUCACUGACCCCUAUAAGCCUGCCAUAGACCCAGCUCUGUCGGACCCCUCAUUGUUGCGGAAGCUUCGGUCGAACAGAGAAGUGGCUGUGACCCGUCUGGAGGAGGUCAUCACCAAGUACGCCAACAAACAAGAGGACACGGAGGAGCAGGAGCGAGCUAAGCGGCUUGCAAAAGACAGCAAGGAGAAAGAGGCCAAAAAAUCAGAAAAUGGAGAAGGAAAUAAAGAGGUGAACGGAGUGGCAGAGGAGGAAGAUGAAGAGGUGGAGGAGGAUGACGAUGAAGAUGAAGAAUCAUCAGAUCCAGACAUCGAGGAAGAGAUCAAGGCCAGCACUCAGCAUGAUGGACCAGGUGAUGAUGAGAGCGAGGAACGAGACGGUAACGAGGCGGAACCAGCGUUUGAUGGUACUAACAAGGAGGAUCAAACGGAUCAGUUGUCAGGAAGCGUUUCUGCAAGAGAAGAAGGAGGCGUAAAAGAUGAAGAGGAACCGGUCACGAGUGGGCUCAGUCCUCUUUCUGAUGAAAGCAAGUCCCAAAUCUCUCCGCUGUCUGACCUCCCCUCCCCUAGACAGAGCCCCAGCCAAUCAGAGUCAAUGCAGACUGAUGACCAGACGACAUUGUCUAAUGGUACCCAUGCAGGAUUAGAGGAACCUGUGGAUUCCUCAAAUCAUGUGUCAGUCGUGCUGGUAAGCACUAGCAAAGUCACAAAGGACCGUGCAGACGCCUCCCCGGCUGCAGCCAAUGGAGUGUCUUUGCCCGAGUCGCCAGCAGUCGUCGUAGAAAGCUGUGACACGCAAACAACCAACGGCACGUCUCCGCCGCCCAGCCUCAGAACCACGAGGAGCCAGAAGAGGAAAAGGGAGGACGUUACUUCAGAGAACUCCCGAAAUGCAAAGCACAUUAUCAUCCAUGACAGUGAGGCAGAUAUCCCUCUGGAUAUGGGCGUUUUCAGCUGCAAUUCUCCACAGCAGGCAGAGUCGACCAGAGCAGACACUCCAACCCAGGAAAUGGUCAGCAGCUCACAGUCCACACCUCCACCCAAGCAUAACAAGGUCAACGUGGCCACCCAGUGUGACCCAGAUGAGGUCAUCGUCCUGACAGACUCAGAAUGACCUUUCACCUUCAACCUCUCACUGUACUACAGAUUCUUCCGUAUCUCAAGAGUAUCCGAUUUUCUGUAAGGACGUGUUUCUAAGGACCGUCCUUGCCUUUUUUUCAAAAUCAAAAUUUGUCUGAAUAAAUGAAUAUGAUCAAAAUAGUCAAUAUAACAUUUUUACAAAACAUACAACAGCCAUUCAUGGCUAUGGAAGACAGGGAAAACUAUACAUUUAGAAACUGGUGUCACUUGAUUAUAUAUAACCAAACAACAGCCAAGACAAAGUUUUUUUUCCUCUUUUUGUAAUGUUAAAUUUGAAAGAAGGCUGGUUAAGCUGGACUUUUUUCCUUUUUUUUUUUUGAAAAUCAAGGAGUCCUCUUCUUCUGCUGUGUGUACCAGAGAAUACAGCCGCCAUUUACUCUAAGCAGAGAUUCACUGGACCUGUUGGCUGAUCAAAGCAGCCAGAAGUCUGUCGUCAUGUUUCCUGCCCUUCAGUUUGUAGUAGCAUUGAAAUUAGUUUUUUGCUGCUCUAAACACAGAGAUAAAAGUUCUUCUCUUGGGAUGAUUGUCUCUUAGUGUGGUUUAGGUAAGAAACCAGUGCCUGAAAACGUGAACUUGAACUGGUCGGUGCUCCAGAGUUUUGUUUUCACAGACACUUGACUGGCAAAGGCUUCAUUAGCUCACUGCCAGUUUGUUUACAUUUUUAUAUUUUAAUCUUUUUUUUUUUUUUUGUAAAAGGAGAGGGGCGAGGUAGUGGUCUGUAUAAAAUAAAUUGGUGACAUUGUUUUAAUUGUUAUUUAAAAUGUGCAUUGAAUCAGCAGAUGUGUGGUGGUUUGUUCUCUGCUGUUAGGGAGAUGUAUGGACUGAUCCAGUAAUAAUGGAGAACAUUUUCUCAUUUCCCCCCUCUAUAGAUAUUUCUAUAUUUAGGUUUAUAAAAAAAGUUACUAUUUUUAUUCAGGCGUAUGUAUGCUGAAGGAUAGAUGAGUUGUUUCCAGAUAACUAUUGGUUUGAAUGAGGAAUGCUGUGUGGAAAGUGUUAAUAACCUAUAUUUUUCUUAUUGUCAACAGAUCACAUGGAAAUACCAAAAUCAUUGAAUUGUUACCUAACUCUGUACCCAAAGCCUGAUUUACUCUACUCCCCUCGGCCAUAGAGCGCCACUGCCCAUCACUGAGUCUCACUGUUGCAUGUGAAGAUAUAGUGAACACGAGCUGUAGUUUGUCCCAUCUACAAGUACUGCUGCUGAAGGCAAUGCUGGAAAAUGGUUAUAAGCCACGACUCAAAAACAGUCCCCAACAAAUCCACUGUUUACACGUUCCUGAGUAAUGUUUGUUAAAAACUACAGAACCCAGCUGUUUAAGGAAAUUACAAAGAAACCAAUGGGCUUGUGGGUGAGAGAUAGUCAGAUAGUGAGGUAUGAACUCAUAUCGUAGUUUGGGUCUUUAUAUGGGAUUUGUUGACAUUGAGCCUUAUCCUUAAUAGCUAUGGCACAAAAACAUUUCUUUGUGAUUCUGAUUUGUCUUAAAGCAAAAGAGGGAAGCAGAUCAAAAAUCCACCAGCCACUCACUAGAUUACCAUUAUUUGUUUUUGGGAUGGCGAGUGAAACAAUCAUGCACGUACUUUGGCUAUUUGCUGUUGGUGAUUUUUAACCCUGGUCUGAUCAUGACACUGAUCAACUGUACAUGCGUCUCUGCUCAGCCCCAAUAACUACAUCUUGUAACCUGCUACACACAGUUUAAAGCCCAAUUCAGAACUCGCCACAGCGGUCAACUUCCAAUCAACUAAUAAGUCAGACGAUCCAAAACAAGCCUGUCUUAUUUGGUAAAGUCACUUUAUGGAGCACACCCCCGGCCCAGUUAUGGCUCCUAACCAUAUGAGUUUAAUAACUAGAAGGCCAUUUUUAUCCGACACACACAAUUAUUUACUUUUAUCCCACUUGACAUUAUCCAGAGUUGUUAGUGCAGCUUUUAUAUGUUUGUUCUUUCCUGUUAAUACACUGGGCAUUCAGAUACAUUUAGAAUUCAAGUUGAAAUUUCUACAUCCCUGCCGCUUUUAAUACGUUACGUUUUUUUUUAGCACAGUGUUGCACUAAAGAUCUUCAGCAUUUGAAUGAGGAGAUUUUUUUGUGGUAUGUAAUACGUCCUUAUAACAUGUAAUAGAGAAUGAGGAUGUUGACAGUGUUUUGGUGAAGGUAAAUUUCUCAACUUUUUAUCCCGACAACAGUCCCUGCUUUUCUCUUUUCCUCCUGAGUCCAACUUUUAUUAGAUUUAACCACACAGGUUGAAAUGAUAUUUUGGGAUAAAUAGUCUUUUCAGAGUCACUAGAAUGUAGAUCUGGAUUGAGGUUGUUAGAGCUACGAUCUGUCUGGCCUCAUUUAUGCAGAGGAGUGAUCCAUCAUUCACUGUGAAUUUUUUCUUGUUCAUUUUUGAUAAAUAAAUGCUAAUUUUUUAUA